GCUCUGCGUCUUACGUCAGGCGCCCCAGAAAAUGGCAAUUUCACGGUGUUCCGCUUUGUUGGGUUAAGACCUGAGAGGAGGCUUGAGGGACUGCGGCUACCCACGCGACAGUCUGGUGUCCUCACAAGUGACAGCAUCCCAAGAAUGCAAAUUCCAGAGAUAAACCACUUUUCUGAAAAACUACUUUCCAUCCUCUGCAUCAUAUCCACUGAUUGAAUAAGUCUUUGGGAACCUGUACAAGGACAGCACACCACCAGGAAUGUACAAUAUGUGCAACUUUCCUCUAAAAUCUAGGCUCAAAAGUGUUCUCAACUUCCACAGUCCUCUAAGUGUUUCUUAGAUCAAGAAACAAGAGACAUUAAUCUUAGAAAUGGAGGCGGUGACCUUUGAGGACGUGGCUGUGGCCUUCACCUGGGAGGAGUGGCAGGACCUGGACGACGCUCAGAGGACCCUCUACAGGGACGUGAUGCUGGAGACCUACAGGAGCUUGGCAUCCCUGGGGCAUUGCAUGAUGAAACCUGAGGUGAUCGUCAGGAUGGAGCAAGGAGCAGAGCCGUGCGCUGUAGGAGCACCCCCAAACAGGAGCCUCUCAGAUCUCCAGACUAUGGAUAACCCAGAGGAGACUAACCUGAAAAUUCAGGGCAGACAUUUGCGACAAGGUAGAGUCACCAACAACAAAAUAUCACCAAAUGAAAGGAUUGACCUGAGGAAAACAUUGAAUUUAAGCACAAUCCAUAGAUCGGAGAUGGUUAGAGAUGGUGGAGCUCCUUCAGGAAUGGUGUCUGAAGAUGUUAGUGUAUGUAAGAAUGAUCUUCACCGUGGCAAGCCUGGAAGCGUGCAUGCUGGAAAGACUUUGCAGGGUUGGAGUGUAACCAGGGAAUCUUUCCAGCGGCCCAAGCCUCCCGGUCUUCCUCAGAUGGUUCCAGUUCUGCAGCAGCCUCUAAAAUUUUAUGGACAAGAAAGUACCGUCCCUAAGAGGGCUCUUACAGGAGAGGCCACCUAUAAACAAGGCGAAGGUGGGGAAGCCCGAGAGAAGUCGGCUGUCACUGUCAGAGAGACAGGUUACACGAGUGAGCAUCGCUACAGAUGUAAGAAAUGGUGGGAAAUCGUUAUUAAGAAACCAACACAACUGAUUCUUCGUAGACACACAGAGCACAAACACCCCCACCUUGUCAAAGUAGGAACAUCUUUCACAAGAAAUUACACCUCAUUCAGCAGCAGCGUCCUCAGAUAG